GCUAGGUGUUCCGUCUUUUUGGUUUGUUAGUUCUUCAUUUCACUAUUGAACAGAGACUCGUUGGAUGAACUGAUUCUUCGUGGAAACAAAAGACUCGUUUAUUUUUAGAUUCAUCGUGCUUGUAGUUAUUUAGUACUAGUCAUCGAUCUAGGUGAUGUGUAUCAGUUGUGUUUAAGUAGUUUUUCCGUUUUAAUUUUGACUAGGAAGUCUUUUUGAAAUCGGAUCUUUUCCAUGACGUGAUACGGUGAUAGACAUCUUUGAUGAGGUCUUGCCACGCAGAAUGAGCAUUUCACCAUAGAUUUCUGCAGUGCCGAAGUCGUCCGUGUUUGGUCAUAAUCGGUGAAGAAUUGUGACUAGUCUUUACUAUUAGGAGUUUUUAGGGAAAAGGAUCCUGUUCAAAGUGCACACCAACCGGAAGUCUGCUCGUUAGCGCCAUUAAUUGAUCACUUCAUCUUGCAGAAUCACGAAAUAUUUUGAAUUCACCUUAGUGAGAUGUUUGGCUAAUCAAGACAUCAUCAGUGAUCUCUUUUGUGUUUCUAACCAUCGGAAUGUCGCUUCAAACAUGAGUGAGUUGUGUUUUCUUAUCCGUGGACUUGGUAGAAGGAAUCAAUUUUAAGAUUCGAAUCUAGAGAAAAGAUAUUGAGUUUUAUGAUGGCAGAGAAGUGUUUCGGUGACUAGUGAACUUGAGUUUAGAGGCCAGCUCAUCAUGAGAUGGCGCCAUAAGGGACUUGUGUAUGCCGGGGAAUUUUUGGACUCUUGUUGUGGCUGUGCUGGAGAAAUGGGCCAGCAGUGGUCGCUGAUGAAGUUUAGGGGCAUCUCACUGUGCUCAACAUGUGGCAGCCGUCUCAAUAACUGGUACAUCCAGAACAAUGGCAGUCUGUACUGCAAGGAUGACUAUUGGUCAAAGAUAGGGGACCGAUGUAACAGAUGUUCUCAAGUGAUAUCAGGUCCACUCAUGGUGGCUGGGGAGCACAGAUUCCACCCCGAGUGCUUCCAGUGCUGCACGUGUCAGUGCCUCAUCGGCGACGGGGAGGCGUACGCCCUUGUGGAGAGAUCGUUCCUCUAUUGUGGUCAGUGCUACAAAUCGAGGGUUGCCAUAUCAACCUCCUUACUUCCUGAGCCCACGCAGCAACCGCCUCAGACUGUGAGGUCACCUCGGAGAAAGCCCCACUCCAUUCAGAUGGUGGAGAUUCCACCCACGCCAGACAGCAGCCAACUCCACCACCAGCGUGACAGGCGUCAGCUGCAACAGCAGCGGCAAGAACAGCAGCAGAAGGAGCAGCACAACUUCCACCUGUCGCUGCUGGCCACGCCUUUCGAGAGCGGCACCCUGGGGGUCGGCUACCGGAACAGCUUUUUGUUGGAAAGUGGCCGUAUGCCACCAUGUGUACAAAUCUCUGGUAUAGAUGCCAGUCCAGCAUUUCAAGACUUGGCAGUAGGGGACAGAAUCCUGGAAGUGAAUGGGACAGCAGUCAGAGAUAAAACUUUAGAAGAGAUCAAUGUUUUACUGACCAACUACCAACGGCCUGUCCAUGUAAUGGUGGAGAGAGAUUUGUCUCCUCUGAGACUGCCUCCAGAGGAUGACACUGGUCAGAUCUCGCCUCGCCCGCUUAACAAGUCCCUGUCCAGAAGCUCACUGGAUGACCCCAACAGCUCCGCAGCCUCAGACAACGAGACUAUUGUGGUGCAAGGAACACCUGUCAAACUAAGACCUAAAGGAUCUCUGAGGGCUAAAGGACACAGUCCGUCCCGUAGGCGAAGUAAGUCCCCAUCACCGUGCCCACAGACUCGGCAGAAAAGUAUCGACCUGAACAGAUCUCAUUCGUUCUCCACUCGCCAACAGGACCACAGAGUGUUUCGAGCUGUGGACUUGAUUCUUGGCGACCUGCUUGGUCAAGGCUUCUUUGGCCAGGCCAUCAAGGCCACUCACCGUGUCACGGGGGAACAAAUGGUUCUCAAAGAGCUUCACAAUUUCGAUGAGGAUGCCCAGAAAAGUUUUCUUAGAGAGGUGUCUAUGUUGAGAAGUCUGUCUCACCCCUGUGUGCUCAAAUUUAUGGGAGUUUUGUACCGAGACAAGAAACUGAACCUUGUAACAGAAUUUAUUGAUGGUGGUACAUUGUCUGACUUACUUUUGGAUCACAGUGUAGAACUCUCCUGGAAACAGAGAGUAGCUUUUGCCAAGGACAUAGCAGCAGGAAUGAGAUACUUACAUUCCAUGAAUGUCAUCCAUAGAGACUUAAACUCACAAAAUUGUUUAGUUAGAAAGGAUCACAGAGUUGUUGUGGCUGACUUUGGCCUGGCCAAGAUUUUUCCACAUCAUGAAAAUUUUCACUUGCACUCCCAGGCGGAGAAAGAGGCCAACAAUGGUGGAGGAGGAGGUGGUAAGCUGGGAGGCAAGAAGAAGAGAUUCUCCAGGAGGAAACGUCAGACAGUGGUGGGCAAUCCUUACUGGAUGGCCCCGGAGAUGAUGACCAAAGGAGAGUAUGAUGAGAAGGUGGAUGUGUUUUCAUAUGGCAUCAUUGUCUGUGAGACUAUUGCUAGAGUCACAGCUGACCCAGAUUAUUUGCCACGGUCCAUUGACUUUGGAUUAAAUGUUGAAGCCUUCCACAAAAGGUUCUGCCAAGAUUCUCCUGAGCCCUACUUCAUGUUAGCUGUCCUGUGUGCCCAGAUUGAACCUGAUCAGAGACCAAGUUUUGAAAAAAUUCACAUGCUUUGUGAAGCCUUGGACUUGCAUGUGGAACAUGGCAUGGCAGUGCCUCCAGAACUUCAGGGCAGCACCGUCCAGUUCUACCGCAAUCUUAAGCAGUCACUGUAUGGGGAGAACUUUAAAGACGUGGACAGCUGUACCCAGGCUGAGCAUAAACCCAGCACUGAUGUGAACCAGAACAAUGUUAAAGAACCCAAACCUUUUGAUGUCGUUGACGGCAUGCAGCUAGCUUCUUGUUCCUCAGGAAGUAGUGGGUCCAACGCCAGUCAAGAAAAUGCCAGAAAUUUGUUCAGUGACGGGGAGGAGGCAGAGGAAGAACUUAACAAGCCCUCAGCAGGGGUCACCCUCACUGAUUCCAGUGUGACCGCAACGACUCCAGCAACUGCGGAGGACCAGGCUUAUUUUUCUUGUUCCUCUGCCACAUCCUCCCUUUCCCCGUGUUCUCCUUGCCUCUCAGUGGAAGAGUUUGUCUCAGCCCAGAGUGGCUCAUCAUCCAAUGAGAGUACACUGGAUCUCACCAGCAGCCAAUCAUUGAGAUCCACACAUCAAGAGUCUACCAGCACUGCUCUUAGCCACACUGACCACUCUGUGGAUUGUUGCUUGAGUAGUCGGCCCGGAGCUUCUCCUUCACCGUCUGACCAGUCCCCGUCUAAGGACAGAUCUACAAUGCAGUUAGAGUUUGGGAUACAGAUUUCCCCCCCUCAUAGCACUGGCACCAAUAUUUCCGUCUUUCUUUCACCUUCCUCACCAAACCAGGACACAAAGCCAGGCUCAAAACCUCGAAGUCUAGUGUACCUUGGCUCUAACUCCUCUGCCCACUCCACUUCGCCAGCAUUUACUUCCCCUGGAUACGAGACGGAGCUCAACAGUAUGGACACCAUUGAAGAGAAAUGUGAAGACUUGGACCAUCUGGACAACACCAUGGACGCUCUGAAUAGGAAACUGGACAAACAGUGCUCAUUGACUCUAGACGUGGACAGCAGUGUUAUUUUCUCAAACAGUAGAUCAAAGUCCUGCGAGAUGUUAGCGGAGCUGACCACCAGCAACAGCCCAGAUGUUCCGGCCAAACAGGAUAAGCCAAACUGGUCCUACAGUACUCUCCCUUUCUUUCUCAGCCCCGGGCAUGAACGAGGACUCAGCUCAUCUAGGAGAAGACUGCGGCGCUCGUUGCAAGAUUUGCGAAAAGGAAAUGUGUAAGUGCUGUUGAUAUCACUUUUUGGAUCUGAUUUGUUUCUUGCGGCACAAGUGUUAACUUAAUGACUGAGACUACAGGAAAAUGUCAAGGACCAAAACUAACAUGUGUUAAAGAUGUAGACUGUAUGGGCCAAUGUCAAGGACCAAAACAAACAUGUGAAAGAUGUAGACUGUAUGGGCCAAUGUCAAGGACCAAAACAAACAUGUUAAAGAUGUAGACUGUAUGGGCCAAUGUCAAGGACCAAAACAAACAUGUUAAAGAUGUAGACUGUAUGGGCCAAUGUCAAGGACCAAAACAAACGUGUUAAAGAUGUAGCCUGUAUGGCCCAAUGUUACGGACCAAAUUUCCAGCCUCAAAAAUGAAGUGUAAUUAUUGUUGUGUCACUGGUUGUCAAUGUAUUCACAAUGAAUUUUAUUUAUGAAACUAAUGUAUAAAGAAAUCUGUUUUUUUGUAAAAGUUGAAAGUGAGUCUUUAUGAACUCCCCAAUGUAAGACUUGAACUUGUUGGAAUACUUGUUAUAUAAAGGCUCUAUAUUGCCUGCCCUGAUGUCCACUGAAUGUUAGUCUAGCAGUGGUAAAAAAAAUAAGUCUGUGAUUGAAUGUUUUGCAUUGGCCAAAAUCAAAUGAUAAAAUAUAUUUUAACAUUAUACAUAUUGUUGGACUAUUGUUUUAUUACAGUAUAAGUAGCAGGUAUUAUGUAUUGUUAUGAUCUUAGGUCAUUGAAAUAUCACUUUUUACUGCAGCCUGAGGCUGAAACACUUGUUUACUUUGUACUUGCAAUGUUAACAAUCAAAUUGUGUUAAAAGUAAAAGUGUUCCUUUUUAGUAGCUAGGAAGUGAAUGUCAUUUAGGUCCUACCCUUAACAAGUCACUUAGAUCUGCCCUAGAUGUCACUUAGGCCCUACCCUGUACUAGAUGUCAUUUGGGUCCUACCCUUAACAAGUCACUUAGAUCUGCCCUAGAUGUCACUUAGGCCCUACCCUGUACUAGAUGUCAUUUGGGUCCUACCCUUAACAAGUAACUUAGAUCUGCCCUAGAUGUCACUUAGGUCCUAUCCUGUACUAGAUGUCAUUUGGGUCCUACCCUUAACAAGUCACUUAGAUCUGCCCUAGAUGUCACUUAGGUCCUACCCUGUACUAGAUGUCAUUUGGGUCAUACCCUUAAGAAGUCACUUAGAUCUGCCCUAGAUGUCACUUAGGUUCUACCCUGUACUAGAUGUCACUUAGGUCCUAUUCUGUACUAGAUGUCAUUUGGGUCCUACCCUUAACAAGUCACUUAGAUCUGCCCUAGAUGUCACUUAGGUCCUACCCUGUACUAGAUGACACGUAGGUCCUACCUUGUACUAGAUGUCAUUUAGGUCCUGCCCUGAAGUUCUUGUCACUUUUAGGCCCUGGAAAAUGUUUGUAAAGUUUGUGAGAUGAUAAGCUGUUCCCUGCCAUUGAAAACAGAGUCCAUGCCAACUGAGUGCCUGGCAUUUAGUCUCUAAUUGAACCUAUGCAACACCAAGUGUUUAUUGUGCAGGCUGUUUCAAUGCAGUCUGAAAGUUGUUUUUUUGCCAUGCCACUAGUUGAAGUCUAGUUACAACUUGAUGGUAACAUUUAUUUUAACUUAAUAUUGAUUGUGAAGUAGAAAUAAUUUGUAUCUAGAUAAGGUAACUUGUUUAGACAAGGGCAGGCUACUGUAAAUGUUUUUUAAUUUAUUAUUUGAAAAUGUUGGAUUCAUUCCCCUGAAAAAAAAAGAAAAAAACUAUAUAUUUGUACAAUGAAAUUUUUACAUUCACAAGUUUUGUUCAAGUAAUGUUUGUUUAUACAUAAGCUGAACAAAAGAUUGUUGGCCCGCAAAGGUGGGACCAUUAUCCUACAUAGAAGGGACCAUAUCCAAUUUAUUUAUUUACUUUUUGGAGGAUUAACUUGUUCAGUUUGCUCAGAUUAAAAUUGUAUAAAUAUUUAUUUACCUGCAAUGUCAUUCAAAAGUUUUAAGUUCUUUUCACAUUUUACAAGCUAACUAAAAAACAAAAUAUAUGAGCAAAUAAUUAUCACUUUUUACAAGUAGUUUUUUUUAAGGGAAAAUUCAGAACUGCCUACUGAGUACUCCUGUGUUCUUUAGACGAGUCAGUUUAACCAAACAAUUAAUGUGAUCUUUUUUUAAGAAGUCCAUUAAGAGUAGCAAGUAAAUAUCCAAAUCUAUUUAUUCAACCUGGAAACUAUCAGAUACUUUUAGUAUUUGAUAAAGAUCAACAAAAUCUUGAGAGUUACCUACGUGAGCUAUGCAGUCUUCAAAUGUUACUUGCAUUUGUUAAAUACUGUACAGAGCAUUCGUCUAUUGAUGUACUCCAUUGAACAUACUUUCAUUUAUCGAUUCAAGGGAGACAAGCAUGCUCUCUGAGUGCUCAUUCAAAUAUCAAUCUCAAACUGAGACGUCAGAUCACAUGACAGAAAGAUAUUUUUAGUUUUUUUUCUAGUUCUUAAUUGUUGGGAUUUUUAAGCAUUUUAAAAAUGGAUAACAAGAGAGAGUAGUUUAGACAAUGUCUUCCUUGUAAUCUAGCAUUUUAUGAACAAAAACAUUUGAUUAAUUGAUUCAAGGAUUCUCAUUCCACAACUUACUGUCUCUGUAAUAAGACCUCAUACUUGAUGAUCAAAUUUUGAUCCAAGCUGAUGCUAAUUCAAAAUCUUCUAUGCUAAAAACUUGAUCAACUUAAUAACUAAUAACUUUUUCCAAUCAAUUUCCCAAAGAGAAAUCUCAAGAAAUAAAUACAGUGUGUAGUCAUGAUUUAAUAUCUGAGCUUUUGAAGAAUUCUUUGUAAUCAUUCAGAACAAAACAAAAACAUUGACACUGAAGAGAAAUGUCAUAAUAAAAAUAAAUAACCAAUCA